AUGUUUAAAUUGAUACUGAGAUCCAGAAUAAUAAUACCUACAUUGACAGUUCGCCCCUUUUCAACGUCAUUUAGAAACUUUCAAGAAUCAAAAGUAUUAUAUACAAAAGAAAAUGUACAUGAUUUAGAAACUUUUCUCACUCAAAUUGGUAGAAAUACAAUUGAAUUUAAAGAUAAUUUUGACAAUGAUUUAAAUAAAUUUCUUGCAACAACAUCAGAACAAAUGAAAGAAAUGGGUAUUGAUACAAAUCAAAGAAAAUAUUUAUUAAGAUGGAAAGAUAAAUUUAUAAAUAACACAGAACCAUUAAAAGAACAUAAAACAGGUAAAAAAAGAAAUGGAGGUGAAAGAAAAGCAAAAACUGUUAAAGCAAGAAGAUUAGCAUUACAAAGAAUUGAAGAAAGAGAAAGAUUUGCAAAAGAAGCUGAAAAUAAUCAACAAGAAAGGAUAUUCUAG